AUGGCCUGUACUGUUAAGAAAUCAUUAAAGUCGGUUGACGUACACGAUAAAAGUCCUAGGUGUCGAAGACGAUGGUCCGCGAAGGAUGAUGAUUUACUUCGUUUUUACUACAACAAAUAUAAAGGAAGUUGGUCGCGAAUUGCAAAAGAGUUACCAGGAAGAGACAAUAGAGCAUGUUAUAAUCGAUGGAUUAAUCAUGCCAACCCGAAACUUAAGAAAGCACCUUUGGAGAAAUGGGAAAUAGACGUUUUGAAAGAGAAUUAUAAAUACUACGGUAAUCAAUGGAAUCUUCUUAUUAAAGAUUUAGAGGGCAGGACCCCUUUGCAAGCCAAAAAUUAUUUUUACGGUAUGAAAAAACCUUCAGAACUUAUUUUACUCGACUUUAUACAGGCAAUUGAUCAAGGAAAGAAUGUCAAUUUGUCGAAUAGUGAAUAA